AUGUGUGUGUAACGUGACUUUGUGCGUGUAUGUUUUUCUCGCCCAUCUUCGAUGUAGGGUAACAGUCACUCUCUCCUAUGAUAUUAUUAUUAACGCAUCCCCUCACUCAAAAAGAUUCAAUACACUUUUGGGUUCAAUCAGCUAUCACCUGUUCUUGUCAAAAGGGCUACCCUCUCUCUCUCUCUCUCAUUUCAAACAGUGAUUUAACACCACACCGCUCCCUCUCCUCGUUGGUUGGCACAGUGAGGUGGACUUGAAAGAAAGCACACAUCUUUUCCUGUCCAUUAGAGAUCUCUCUCUCUCUCUCUAUCUCUCAGUCACUAGCUCUGGUUGCUCAAAUCCUAGCUCUCCUUUGUGGUUGUCUCUUUUUUUUUCCCCCUUUGAUUGCUCUGGGGAUUAUGGGUUCGUUGGGAGGAGCAUCCCUUGAGGUGGUGAAGAGGAAGAAGGCAAUGUGGCUUUACCCAAAAGUGGUGGGCUUCAACCCCCCUGAGAGAUGGGGGCACUCUGCUUGCUUAUCUGAUGGCCUUCUUUAUGUUUUCGGGGGAUGUUGUGGUGGUCUGCACUUUAGUGAUGUACUCACUCUGAAUCUUGACACAAUGACUUGGACCUCCCUCACAACCACUGGCCACAAACCCGGUACUCGAGACAGCCAUAGCGCUGCCCUCAUAGGUCACAAGAUGAUAGUCUUAGGGGGCACAAAUGGUUCCAAGAAAGUGAAUGACCUACACGUAUUAGAUCUUGAAACUAAGGAAUGGAGCAAGCCUAAUUGUAAAGGAAUCCCUCCCUCCCCCCGAGAAAGCCACUCUGCUACCGUUGUAGGCAAUGACAAGCUUGUGAUAUUUGGAGGAAGUGGUGAUGGUGAAGCAAACUACUUGAACGAUGUUCACAUACUUGACCUCAAGAACAUGACGUGGACUUCUCCGGAGAUAAAAGGUGAACCUCCUGCUCCUAGGGACAGUCACACUGCCGUUGCUAUUGGUAAUAAGCUCAUCAUAUAUGGCGGUGAUUGUGGUGACCGUUAUCAUGGGGAGGUUGAUAUUCUUGAUUUGGAGGUCAUGACUUGGUCAAGGUUGCCAGUUCAAGGAUCUUCGCCUGGAGUGAGAGCAGGUCAUGCAGCCGUUAAUAUAGGAACCAAGGUUUACAUAAUAGGUGGUGUUGGUGAUAAGCAAUACUACAGUGAUGUCUGGGUUCUUGAUUCUGAUACUUGUUCAUGGAGUCAGCUUGAUAUCCGAGGUCAACAGCCACAAGGGAGGUUUUCUCAUACAGCACUCAUUACUAACCACGACAUUGCCAUAUAUGGAGGGUGCGGAGAAGAUGAACGCCCUCUGAAUGAAUUGCUCAUUCUUCAGUUGGGGUCAGAGCACCCUAAUGGUCGUUACAAUAUUUCAAUGUGCAAGAUUUUUGGUAACCAUUGGAGCCAAGAAAAGAGGAAAUUUCUAAGGGGUGCAGAAAGUCUUCAUAGAAAUUUGGUUACAAAGAAUGGUGAAGUUAAUCAACAACGAUCACGAGAAUUGGAUGUUGACUUGAGGAGUUGCACGCUACAGAAACUAGAUAACUUGCAUCAUGCAAAGCGGAGGAGAACUGGUGAUGCAAAGGUUUGGGAGGUAGAGUCAGAACAAGAAGAGCAUUCCCUUUCGCUCUCCCAGCACUCAUCUCCAUCACAAUCUGAUCAAGAACAGAACAAUCUCCAGAAGCUCCCGGCCUUUGUCAAAGACUCCAUUACACCGUCACAGCAGCAGUUUAUUGCUUCCAAAGCACACCAUAGAAUCCCACAGGAAGUACAUUUUAUUGGAAGAGAAUCGCCUCGACAGUCCAAAACCGAACAGUUUCUACGAGUCGUUCCUCCUCAAAGACAAGAAGUGCAAUUCCUACCAGUGGAUCAGAAGCCUGUGAUGAGACCUGCCACUCCUCAUCUGAUUGGAGCAGAGGUUCGUGGCACAGUGGAUGGCGCUUUCGACUCAGGGUACCUCAUGACUGCUAAUGUCAAUGGCCAGAUCCUUCGAGGCGUCUUAUUCGCUCCUGUACCAGGCAUUGGGGUUCCCAGGCCCUCAUUUAACCCUCACAGCCCAGUUUUAGCAGGCAAUGCCAUGGUUUCUCAACAAUGUUCGGCUCCUACUCACGCAAUACCCAUCCAUGUCAGGCCAACUUCAAACUCGAGUGCACUCGAGUGCGGUCAUCUUGCGAGGCAGGCUCACGCCGGUCAAGCAUUGAAAGCUCAGCCCGCAAGGCUUAACAGCGAUCUUCAAGGUGUUGUUCUUACUCUCGGUGGCCCUGGUGGAGGUAAUACUGGAGGAUCUUAGAGCUGAUCAACUAAACCCUCAAAUGCUAGUGAUUCUUUAGUUUUGUUUUGUAUAAAUUUAGUGUGAGAAAUAAGAGCAUAUGAUUUUUGGUUUUUUUUUUUUUUGGUUUCAGUUGUAGUUGUUAACUGGUUUUGGUCAUUUUUUUGUUUGGGUGGUUUUUUUUUGAGCCAGGGUAUUGUUAGUUAAAUAUUUUGUGGUAAUACACUGCUGUGCAGUGGCUAGUAUCGUGUAUCUGUUUGUUAUGCUUCGAUCUGGUAACUUGUAUGCUAGGUUUGAGCA